CAUCUUAGCCACACAAAAACCCAAUCCACAUCUUUAUCAUCCAUUCUAUAAAAAAUCACCCUCUGUGUGUCUCUCUUUCGAUUCCCUUCAAACACAUACAAAUUCAGUAGAGAAGAAACUAAUUACUCUUGAGAAAAAAAUGGCCACAGUCACUUCCACCACCGUUGCUAUUCCAUCAUUCACAGGCCUUAAGGCAAACGCAGCAACCAAAGUUAGUGCCAUGGCUAAGAUUCCAUCUUCAACUUCCCAAUCACCUAGGCUUUGUGUCAGAGCUUCACUCAAAGACUUUGGAGUUGCUCUUGUUGCCACUGCUGCAAGUGCAGUUCUAGCUAGCAAUGCCUUGGCUGUUGAAGUGUUGCUUGGUGCUAGUGAUGGGGGUUUGGCUUUUGUUCCCAACAGUUUCGAAGUGGCCGCAGGAGACACGAUUGUAUUCAAGAACAAUGCUGGUUUUCCUCACAACGUUGUCUUCGAUGAAGACGAGAUUCCUGCCGGGGUUGAUGCAGCGAAAAUUUCCAUGCCUGAAGAAGAUCUUCUCAAUGCACCUGGUGAGACUUACAGUGUUAAGUUGGAUGCUAAGGGUACCUACAAAUUCUACUGCUCACCUCACCAAGGAGCUGGUAUGGUUGGACAAGUCACUGUUAAUUAAGUUAAAAUGCUUUGUCCCCUCUUUAUAAUAUGGUUUGUUCAUGUUAAUUUUGUUCUUGUUGAAGAGCUUAAUUAAACGUUGUUGUUAUGGAAUACUAUUGUAUGAGAUGAACUGGUGUAAUGUAAUUCAUUUACUUAAGUGGAGUCAGAAUGUUUUCCGCCGUA